AUGAAAUUGAAAAUACUGCAAAAUAUCUUAUGAAAGCAUUUAAAAUGAAAGAUCUCGGGAGAACCAAAUUUUGUCUCGGACUUCAAAUUGAGCAUUUGAAGAAUGGAACUUUCAUCCACCAAUCCAAUUACACCGAGAAAGUUUUGAAGAGAUUCUAUAUGGACAAAGCUCAUCCGUUGACCUCACCAAUGGUCGUUCGAUCUCUCAACAUACACGAUGAUCGAUUCCGUCCACGAGAAGACGAUGAAGAUAUACUCGGUCCCGAAGUACCAUAUCUCAGUGUUAUUGGAUCUUUACUGUAUUUAGCUAAUAGUACUAGACCAGAUAUUGCAUUUUAUGUAAAUUUGUUAGCUAGGUACAACUCAUGUCCAACAAGGCGUCAUUGGAACAAGAUCAAGCACAUAUUCCGUUAUCUCCGUGGUACAAUUGAUCUCGGCUUAUUCUACCACAAAGAUACAAAGCUUCUUUAAUCAGAUAUGCAGACGUUGGAUACUUAUCAGAUCCUCAAAAGGCGAAAUCACAAACCGGAGUUAAUUGCGCUAUAUGAAACCGGGAGAGCAUGUGUGUGGCUGAGAUCUAUGAUUCAACACAUCCAAAAUGAAUGCGGUAUGAAGCCUAUUACUUGUUACUCGACUGUGAUCUACGAAGACAACACGGCGUGCAUAGUUCAGAUUAAAGAAAGCUACAUCAAAGGAUCCUAAACAAAGCACAUAUCACCAAAAUUCUUCUCUACUCAUGAUCUGGAGAAAGAAGGGACGAUCAACAUUCAACAGAUCAGAUCCAGUGAAAAUACGGCCGAUCUCUUCACCAAAUCUUUACCCCCGAAGAAGUUCAUAGAACUCGUACAGAAAAUCGGGAUGUGCCACCUUCAAAAUUUAUGUUCAUAUUAGGGGGAAUAUUUGAAUGCGCUGCACUCUUUUUUCCUUCAUCAGGUUUUUAUCCCACUGGGUUUUUCCUGAUAAGGUUUUUAACGAUACAGUACAUCCAAAUACAACGACAUUAUAAGUCAUAAUUUUACCCCUUUAACCUCACACUACUUUUCACAAUAAAUUUUUAACAUAACUAAUACAUAUUCAAGGAUGAACAUUCAUGGUAGGGCUGACAAUAUCACCCGCACCCGCGAAUAUACGGUCAACCUGAACCGAAAAUAUAGACGAAAACCCGAAAAAAUAUGGAUAAAAAAUAGAUGACGGGUGGAUUGAAAGACGG